AUGGAGAGCAGCAGUGGGCAGUGGUGGCGCGAACCUAGGGCAGUAGUGGUGGCGCGCACAGCUGCUGGUGGAAUCUUCAGCAUACUUGCUGUCACUAGCUAUCCUGAUGGACUCCGUUUCCUCAUUCAUUUUGUAGGUACUUUUGUUAUACCUGAUAAUUGGGUUCUUGAUCGUGAUUUAAAGACAUCAAAUUUGCUUAUGAACAACCAGGGUGAGUUGAAGAUAUGUGACUUUGGGUUGGCUCGUCAAUAUGGAAGUCCAUUGAAGCCAUAUACUCAUUUGGUUGUCACACUUUGGUACAGAGCGCCGGAGCUUUUGUUGGGGGUAAAAGAGUAUUCAACCGCCGUUGAUAUGUGGUCACUUGGUUGCAUUAUGGCUGAGCUUCUAUCAAAGGAGCCUCUCUUUAAUGGAAAAUCGGAAUUCGAUCAGCUUGACAAGGUACAUCCAUCCUUCAAGAAGUUAUGUACUUCAAAAUAUGAUCAGAACUGUUUGAUAAAUUUCAUACAGAUAGGGCUAGUUCUAGUUGUUGGUUGCUCCUUUAUCUCAUUUAAUUAUGGAUUUUCUUAUGAUAUUGUGCCUAGUGAACAUACUCGUUCUGAAUGAAAACCAUUGGUUCAGUAUUGGUUCUCACUCAAAGGACAUGUACUUCUCAUUUUACAUCUUUUAUAAUUGGCUCUCACUAUAAUAUAUCACAUUAAUUAUAUAAUUAA